CUAUAUGUUUUUUGUCUUGAUCCAUCCGCUUCCCGCCGAGAUCGGACGGAACCUUUCUUCCGAUUAUGAAUUUGAUCAUCCCACAUUUGGAAGGAAACCUACACAGUUUUGACAGGAGCUGAAAAUUGAGUCGUCAGAGAAAUAUUAGGACAUAUUUUCAAUCAUUUUGGUGCCGAAGGGGAGGCAAGAGCUCAGUUUUAUAUUGAGACAUUACGCCAGCUGAAGGCAGAGAAUGUUUUUCCCUGCCAGGACCUGAUGCAAUCCAUUCAAGCCAACAAGUUUGGAGAGAAUGUUGAGUUCAAUCAAUUCAGAACGUCGAGAUGGAGCCCAACUCACUCCAGUGGGUCGGCUCACCGUGUGGCUUGCACGGACCUUACAUUUUCUACAAGGCUUUUCAAUUCCACCUUGAAGGCAAACCAAGAAUUUUGUCCCUUGGCGACUUUUUCUUUGUAAGAUGUACGCCAAAGGAUCCGAUUUGCAUAGCGGAGCUCCAGCUGUUGUGGGAAGAGAGGACCAGCCGGCAACUUUUAUCCAGCUCUAAACUUUAUUUCCUCCCAGAAGACACUCCCCAGGGCAGAAAUAGCGACCAUGGCGAGGAUGAAGUCAUUGCUGUUUCCGAAAAGGUAAUCGUGAAACUUGAAGACCUGGUCAAGUGGGUACACUCUGAUUGCUCCAAGUGGAGAUGCGGCCUCCGUGCUGGCGCCGUGAAGACCACGGCCUUGGGGAGGAAUGGACAGAAGGAAGCUUUGCUGAAGUACAGGCAGUCAACCCUCAACAGUGGACUCAACUUCAAAGACGUUCUCAAGGAAAAGGCUGACCUUGGGGAGGACGAGGAGGAAACGAACGUGAUCGUGCUCAGCUACCCUCAGUACUGCCGGUACCGAUCGAUGCUAAAGCGCAUCCAGGAUAAACCAUCUUCCAUUCUAACGGACCAGUUUGCGCUAGCCCUGGGGGGCAUCGCUGUGGUCAGCAAGAACCCUCAGAUCCUGUACUGUCGGGACACCUUCGACCACCCAACUCUCAUUGAAAAUGAGAGUAUAUGCGAUGAGUUCGCGCCAAAUCUUAAAGGCAGACCACGCAAAAAGAAGCCAUGCCCACAGAGAAGAGAUUCUUUCAGUGGUGUUAAAGAUUCCAACAACAACUCCGAUGGCAAGGCUGUGGCCAAGGUGAAAUGUGAGGCCAGGUCAGCCUUGUCCAAGCCGAAGAAUAACCACAAUAACUGUAAAAAAGUCUCCAAUGAAGAGAAACCAAAGGUUGCCAUCGGUGAAGAGUGCAGAGCAGAUGAGCAGGCUUUCUUGGUGGCACUUUAUAAAUACAUGAAAGAAAGGAAGACACCGAUAGAACGGAUCCCCUAUUUAGGUUUUAAACAGAUUAACCUUUGGACUAUGUUUCAAGCUGCUCAAAAACUGGGAGGAUAUGAAACAAUAACAGCCCGCCGACAAUGGAAACAUAUUUAUGAUGAAUUAGGCGGUAAUCCUGGGAGCACCAGUGCUGCCACGUGCACCCGCAGGCAUUAUGAAAGAUUAAUCCUACCGUAUGAGAGGUUUAUUAAAGGAGAGGAAGAUAAGCCCCUGCCUCCAAUCAAACCUCGGAAACAGGAUAACAGUUCCCAGGAACAUGAGAACAAAACAAAAGUAUCAGCAACCAAACGCAUCAAACAUGAAAUCCCUAAGAGCAAGAAAGAAAAAGAGAAUGCCCCAAAGCCCCAGGAAUCGUCAGAGGUUUCAUCAGAGCCAGAGAAGGAACAAGAGACUUUAAAUCAGAAGACCGUCACUGAGCCUCUCCCGGCAGCAGACGUGAAGAAGAAAAUGGAAGGCUACCAGGAUUUUGCAGCGAGGCCUCUGGGGUCUAGAGCAGACCCAGAAAAGGACAGCGACACAGAUCAAGGUGCCAGCACUGAGAAGGCAGCAGAGGAGGUGGGAGAGAAGGGGCCCGCUCCUCCACUCCCAAGUGCCCCCACAGCCCCUGAGAGGGCUCCGGCGCUGGGCUCUGGGGCUGGCAAACAGUCCCUCACCUCCCCCAGUGCUCUUGUGGACUCAAAACAAGACCCCCAGACCUGCUGUUUUACAGAGAACCCCGACAGUGAACUCCAAGAAGCCCCCUUCCCUGGCUUCGCCACGACGCAGCCCCCCGUGGCCAACCAGAGCGAGCUAGAGGAUGACAAGCUGCCCGCGAUGGCGGACUACAUCGCCAACUGCACUGUGAAGGUGGACCAGCUGGGCAGCGAUGACAUCCACAACGCCCUCAAGCAGACCCCGAAGGUCCUCGUGGUCCAGUCAUUUGACAUGUUCAAAGACAAAGACCUGACCGGGCCCAUGAAUGAGAACCACGGACUUAAUUACACGCCUCUGCUCUACUCAAGGGGCAACCCCGGCAUCAUGUCCCCGCUGGCUAAGAAGAAACUUCUGUCCCAAGUGAGUGGGGCCAGCCUCUCCAGCAGCUACCCCUAUGGCUCGCCACCCCCUCUGAUCAGCAAAAAGAAACUGAUGGCCAGGGAUGACCUGUGUUCGGGUCUGUCCCAGGCCCACCACGGCCAGGGUCCCGACCACAUGGUGGUCAGCCGGCCCUCGGUGAUUCAGCACGUCCAGAGUUUCAGAAGCAAGCCAUCGGAGGAGAGAAAGAGCAUCAGUGACAUUUUUAAGCACGACAAGCUGGGUCGGUCGGAUCCCCACCGCUGCAGUUUCUCCAAGCACCACCUUAGCCCCCUUGCUGACUCCUACGUCCUGAAGCAAGACAUUCAGGAGGGCAAGGAGAAGCUCUUGGAGAAAAGGGCGCUCCCCCACUCCCACAUGCCCAGCUUCCUGGCCGACUUCUACUCCUCUCCUCACCUGCACAGCCUCUACCGACACACUGAACACCAUCUUCACAAUGAGCAGACAUCCAAGUACCCCUGCAGGGACAUGUACAGGGAAUCGGACAACAGCUCUUUUCCUUCCCACAAACACCAAGAGAAGCUCCACGUGAAUUAUCUCUCGUCGCUGCACCUGCCGGACAAGAAGGCGGCAGCGGCGGAAGCCCCCACGGAUGAUCAGCCCACGGAUCUGAGCCUUCCCAAGAAUCUGCACAAACCCACGGGCAAGGUCCUGGGCCUGGCCCACGCGGCCCCGGGACCCCAGGAGAACAAAGGCGUCUCCCAGUUCCAGGUCAUGAAUAGCCAGAGUCGGGACUGUCACCCCAAAGCCUGCCGGGUUUCACCCAUGACCACGUCGGCCCCGAAAAGGUACCCCGAGUCGCUUUCCCGCUCGGGAAAACCUCACCACGUGAGACUAGAGAACUUCAGGAAGAUCGACGGCAUGGUGCACCCCGUCCUGCAGCGGAAGGCCAGCCCUCAGAACAUUGGGGCCGCGCGGCCCAUCAAGCGCAGCCUGGAGGAUUUGGACCUGGUGAUCGCGGGGAAGAAGGCCCGGGCCGUGUCUCCCCUGGACCCGGCCAAGGAGGCCUGCGGGAAGGAGAAGGCCUCCUCGGAGCCGGAGAGCGAGGGCGGCAAGGCGGCGCACGGCGGCCACGCGGGGGCUGCGUCCGAAGGCCACAAGCUCCCGCUCUCCUCCCCCAUCUUCCCAGGUCUGUAUUCCGGGAGCCUGUGCAGCUCGGGCCUCAACUCCAGGCUCCCGGCCGGCUACUCCCAUUCUCUGCAGUACUUGAAAAACCAGACCGUGCUUUCUCCGCUCAUGCAGCCCCUGGCUUUCCACUCGCUUGUGAUGCAAAGGGGGAUUUUUACAUCGCCGACAAAUUCUCAGCAGCUUUACAGACACUUGGCCGCGGCUGCCCCUGUAGGAAGUUCGUAUGGGGACCUUUUGCACAACAGCAUUUACCCUUUAGCUGCUAUAAAUCCUCAAGCCGCCUUCCCUUCCUCUCAGCUAUCGUCUGUACACCCCGGUACAAAACUGUAAGCCCAGCUCUGCUCGGCCUCCCGCGUGGUGGCGUGGCUCACGGAGCUUCCCUCCCAACCCUGGGGGGUGCUGGCUUGUAGAAUUAGAAGUCAGGAUUUCUUCUAAUCCGGGGGUGAGAUCAGUCCCAGCCAAAGGAGCCGCCAAGGGGAGGUGAACAUACCUGCUUUUUCUGGGAUGACUCCAGCCUUGGCUGGUCAGUCUCGAGCCCCUUCCAACACAGAUGCCCUUGGACCUACAUGGUUCGCUUUGCACGAGGGUCUCGUGAAGGGACGUAUGUGUACCCGGGAAGAAUUUAGAAGACCCCGUCUUGAGUUGCGAUGGUCAGGAACAAUCUGGGCAAAAAAAAAAAAAAAAAAAAGUGGGGGGGGGCAGGCAUUUCACAGGAAGGGGCAAGGAAGACUGGCAAGAGUUUGCCAAGGGAUGCCCCUCUUUUCCUAAAACUCUCCAAGGUUCAAUCAAUGCAAUGUAUAGUGGAACUUCCAAUAGAUCUUUCAUUUUGACACUAUUAAACAAUCCAGAGAAGUAAACACUGUUAAAAUGACUGUAUAUAUUUGCUUCUUAAAACUACCCGUAUCACUGUUUGCUCACCUAAUUUAUAUACAGGUAGUUCCAUUUUCUCCCAGUUACUUCUUGUCCUUUUUUUUUUUCUUUUUUUAAUUAAACAGUAUCGCUUUUGUUUGCAGGUCUUUUGUUUUUUUGUUUUUUGUUUUGUUUUCGAGGCUGACUGACUGUCCUAGUUGUUGAUGUGUGUUUGUAAUUUUUCCACAUCUUAUCAUUUUGAGCAGCUUUGGGUGGUAAAGUUAUUGUUUACAAAUUGAAGCAACUGAUUCUAGUGGAACAAACGAAAAAGAAACAGUUGAGCACACAAUAGUGCAAAGAAUGUUCCUUUGCAGAUCCGCAACUUAAGGAUUUUGUUCCUCAUAAAUGGCAUAGUUGAAAGAGCUUAUACACUGCUCACCGGCCAAAUGCUUUGCUUUGAAGUAUUGGGUUAUGUGAAAAUAUCGAGCAUUGUACUUACCUUAUCUAGGCUGUGAAACUGUCCUACAUACCAGAGGAAUCAUAAAAACAAAAACCUCAGUGGCAGCAAGUCGCUGAAUUACAAGAAUCUAGAGGACAUAUUUGUGGGCUGCACAGAUAUUUUAGGAAUUUCAGAAAUUAGAACAGAAGCCAAAAUGAUUUACAUUGGUGUUGGCACUGAUCCCGUUAAACAGUGUGGGAAAGGGGGUUGGGAAGAAGAUGGAGCUCGACGAUCCGGAAGAGAACGAGCGGCUGGAGGCCCGGGGGCCAGAUACCUUCCCCGGGCCGCGGUCUUUUGAGUAGUAGGUAGUCACGUUGCCUUCAUCGAAUUGGUUUCUUGUUGUUCCCAAGAAGAACCUCCCAGGCCCCAUCUUUGGGGAGAAUUGGCAUACUGGAUGACCUAUUUCAAAAGCAAGUCAUCUUCUUGGGGUUUAUGGGGUGUUAGAUUCCGGUGUAUGCGUGCCCACUUGGUGGCGUGUGUCAUGUCUUUAACCACCUGGCAACCACGGUACACCUUAUGAUUUCUUUUGUCGCUGGAAGAAAUGGUCAAGUUGUUCACGCAGUCAGAUGUGCAGAGUGUGUACUGUCAUUCUUGCCCCAUUGUUCCAUUCGCUGCUGAGCUGUAACAUCAGGGUGGAUGCAUUUUUCUAAGCGUGUUAAAAGUCCAUCGAUACAGAGUGGAUUUUCUUUCCGAAUCCCAUCCCUGCUGAUAAGACUGCUUUGAUGAACUCCCCAGCCAACCCUCCCCUCCCCCAAAACUUCCAGUAGACAGUAGAACCAUAGUUAACCAGUCUUUUACCUCUGAGAUAUUUAAUUCUAUGAAAAUUGAUGACAAUUUUCAACUUCUAAGUAGGUAACUCGACUGCAAAAUAAUCACAACUGGUAAACAAGGACACUGCGGCUCUUAAACAAAGCCAUGCAUGCCGUGCAUUUGUAUUGAAAUGUCUCCAUGAUAUGAAGCCAAAUAUUCAAUGUAACAUACUUAAUAUCCAAAGGUGGAAACAAAAGAAUGUAGAGAUCUAGUGUUAAGAGUUCCAUUUGCUUCAAUUAAUUAUUUACCUUCCUGUGGAAUUUCACAUAUAUAUAUAUAUUUACAUAUAUAUAUAUAUAUAUUUAAUAGAACAAUAGAUAGACUAGUAGAAUAUAGAUUAUAAAUGUGUGAGUGCAGAUUAUCCUGCUAUUGCACAAGAUAGAGGGGGAAAGAGAUCUCAAUUCCAGCUGGCAGAACGCUAGCCAGGACACCUAGAAGAAAGUUGCACUAGACUGAAUGGUCGCAGAAUCAGAGGACAUGGAAGAACACAGAAUCUCCAGGGUUUCCGCAGCAGACAUGGGCUAGAUCGUGCACGGUCUCUAGGAGUUUGUUUCUCCAAGAAAUGGGGCCGCCUGUCCCUGGUGGAGCUCACCUAUCCAUUUGGAAUAUGGGCAUUUGUUUUCCCCGCUACAAUGAUUUCAGUCUGGUUUCAUCAUGUUGGAAUUCGAUCACACCAUUUUUCAAACAAUGUUAACAUAGUCCAGCUUUUGUUUUUCUCAUCUCUUCCGAGAGGAGACUCACUGUUUCUGUCUGAGGAAGCUCAUACCCUCGGCAAAACAUCAGGACGAAUAAAGAGAAAUGGGGGUAUACAUUCCCAACAGAAGCAGUGUGUUAUUUGUUUUAAAACUCCAAACAGAGAUCUUGGAAAUCUUUCAAAAAGACCAUUGAAUUCUUCAUUGGCUGAGAACUACAUUUUAAAAAGUCUUAAAUAGGGCUUUGUUUGCAUUGUUUGAGUUCAAGGGGCCUUAUUAUUGAAUGGAAUUGCACAAGCCUUUCUUUGUGCAAUCAAACCAUUGUUAUUGGUAGUUUAGUAAAGGAAACUGUGGAAUCUAAUUGGCAAUGGAGUCAUAAAUCUAUUUACUGAGCGUGGCUUCCAAGAAAUGUUGCAAUUCAAAAUAGCACUAAGUCUGUGAUUUACUGGAGAUUUGGAGAUUCUAAAUAAUAUUAAAAAAAAAAAACAAAAAAAAAAACCUUUCCGUGCAACUUCUGGUUUAACUUUUGGCAACUCAAAAAAACAAAAACAGAAAAACAAAACGAAAAAAAGAAACAAAACAAAACAACAACAACAGAAAAAACACCCCAGCCCAGCUGAGUUUCAGAAUUUAGUAUUCUUCUAGUAAGUGAUUGGAACUUGUAAUAUUUGCCACAGGACUGACUUAUUUAUUUACUAGCUAGAAGCUCUUAAGUUCACUUGUUUAUCAGGGCAUAUACAGAAGGGUUUAUUAAAACUCAAUGUUGACUUUACAACUUUCUGACCUGGUGCAUGAAUUCUCAAGUACUGUAUUUCAGUGUAUUGGUGUGUCUGAUGGAAAUUUCAAGGUGAUCCCACAAGAAUAUUUUAUGUAGUGUGCCUUCAAAGAGAACUAUUUCUUUCUCUUCACUUGUUGUCCCACAAAGUCACAUUUGGUGGUGGUCAGCCAAGUCCCAUCUGGUCCAGUUUUACUCUUGUCCCAGUUUUAAAGAGAAAUGGGAACAAGUUUGCCCUGGUGAGACCCACACCAUUGCAAUGAUUAUCUUGAGCACUUAAUUCCAGUGUUGGCUGUUGAUGUAUUUGAUAUUCUGCUUGUCUCCCCAUGGUUGAAAUAUGUCUGAAAAAUAGCAGCAUAAUCUCUUGGCUGUUUAUACUUUUUUAAACUUUCCUGUGUUGUAAAUAUUGUAUACUUUUGGUGAUUCCAGCUACGUAACCUCUAUGCUCUGUAAGGUGAUUAUUUGUAUAUAGCAACAUGGCCCAGUGAUAUUACAUAGUUUCCCAAUGGAGAGGUUAUUGAGUAACCUUUGCAUUAGUUUAAACACUACCAGAAGAAUGCUGAGCCAAACUAUAAACACUCAAUUUUGUAUGUUUUCCAAAUUGUACUUAUUACUGCUUUUGAUACUGUAUUACGUGCCAAUAGUUUCCCAAUCACAUAGCAGGCAAGAGAUAUUUUGUACUUUUUGAUCCACUGUAAUAUUUAAUAAAAAAUGUUACUAUCUGUUU